AUCUCCAUGUCGACGAAAAAUAUCCGUGACAGAAGAUUGAUCUCACAAAUAUUUUUGGGCUCAAAAUUAUUGUAUGAAAUUUCAAUUUUAAAAAUCGAUAUGGCAAAAGGCCCGAGUACACGUAAACCUUAUGAAGAAAUAGGCGCUAUAUUCAAUGGAAAUGAGGUAAAGAUAAGGAUACCGAAAAGCACUUCCAAACCGCCGAAGCUGACACCAUCUCAGAUUAAACUUCAAAAUCAAUGUACUUGUGACGAUGAAGGCUCUGUUUGUUCAGAGACGUGCGGCAUGGUUGGAGAUGACGAUGGAGGGCCCGCCAAUAGACUAAACUUCCAGAUCCCAGAUGAUAUUUGCGAGGCUCUAACAAACAGGACUGCCCUCAACUCGGAGUUGAUUUAUAGCAAAAAAGAGGUUCACGACAAUCUUUGCGACGUUUGCAACAUCACGCCAAAUGAUGCUCCGAAAGGAGUCCAAGCACAGAAACUCCUUCAUCCCGACAAAGAUGUAUUCCUGCUCAAAAUAGGCAAACAAACAGACGAACCCAACCGCACCGGCAAUAUAGAGGUGGAGCUAGUAACGCCACGAGCUCCUGCGAAGCUGAAGCCCGCGACUCACUCCUGUAAGCAGAUACAAUGUGAAGAUGAAGAUCUACCAUGUUGUUUGCCGUGUCGUACAUGCCGAGCCGUGUUCCCGAGGAAACCGAGAAUAAAACGAGCCAAAUGCUGCAUGUGAUUACAGAGACCUAUCAUCAACUCAUAGUUGGAAUAAGGGACAAAAAUGUAUAAAAUAAAUAAUACCUAUUUUGUCUGAACUAAGUGACAUAAAUGUAAGCAAACCGGCUACCGAACAAGCAAUAAAUUCUUCAAAACCAUA